AUGGGCCGGCCGUGGGCGGCAGUCGUCGGGGCGGUGCGGAGUGGCCUGGAGGGCGUGGGCGGGAAGUCCGAGAGCGAGGACGCCUUCCCCGAGCCCGUGGGCGAUGAGGCGAUGAUCACCACCUUCCGCGAGCUGCCCUGCCUCGCGGUGUACGCCUACGUCGCGAUUGCCGCGGCACUCUGCGCCGUGUGGGUGCUCUACCGCCAGGCGCGCCACCGCGCCGUGCGUGCCCGCGCUGCCUCGGCGGCGCGCCUCGGCAAGGGGGGCCUGAAGGAGCCGCUGCUGAGCCGGCCCGAGAAGCCCAGGGCGGCGCCGCCGUACAGGCAAUCCAUGACGGAUUCGCAGAGCCGCGUGAUCACGUUUGAGGGCUACAGGGGCUGCCCAUUCGGCACGUGCGUGUCGUGGCUGCUGCCCACGACCACCGGGGUGUUCGUCGCCGUCUUCGCCACGAUCCUCUUCGACUACUACUACGGGUGCACGUGGGAGUGGCCAGCACAGCUCUGCUACGUGGGCACCUUCCCCAUCUUCGGCAGCUUUAACACGAACUCAUACGUCUUCAUGGUGGUGUGGAGCGCCGGGGUCGUCUGGUUCUCGCUCCUGGUCUGGGGCAGCCACGGGUCCAUGGCGAACCUCUUCCGCCUGCGGGUGCCCCUGGUCGACGCCGAGUACGUGCACAUGACUGUCGAGGAAAAGAGACAGGUGAUCUCCAGCGGCUACUCCCGGGUGCUGAGGCUCAGGGACGCCGCCGCGCGGCUGCUCGGCAGGCUCGCGGGGGGCCCGCGUGGCCUGCCCGGCGGGCUCUUCUCGCUGAGCGGGGGCCCUUCGCAGACGGUGGCGCUCCAGCGCUCCCCCGACGGCACGCGCUUCCUGGACUUCCGCUGCUCCUGCUACGCGCUGGAGGAGCGGCUGGGCCUCUUCCACGAGUACGACCCCAGCAGCGCCCUGCCCGAGGGCGGCCACGCGGCCCUCCAGGGCAUCCUGGACGCGGGCGGCUUGCGCCUCGGGGGCGACGGGCUGGACGAGCAGGGAGCCCCGGUGCCCACCGUGGAGAGGCUGUAUCGCGCCGCCGGCCCCAACGAGAUCCCUUUCACGGUGGACGCGUGGAAGGCGGCGCUGAAGGAGGAGUUCGCGACGUUCUUCUUUCUGUACCAGUUCUCCAUCUACGCGGUCUGCCUAUGGUUUUCGUACUGGCACUACACAAUCAUUGCGCUCGGGGUGGCGAUCAUCUCUGCCUGUUUCAACGUCAGCAUCAAAAUCAGGAACCAGAAGGCCAUCAAGGCCAUGAUGGAGCAGUCGUCACGGGUGACGGUGAUGCGCUCCUCACAGGAGAUGGAGAUCGACUCGCGGCACAUCGUGCCAGGCGACAUCGUGAAGGUAGAGAGCAAUGGCUGGCUGGUGCCCUGCGAUCUGCUCCUGCUGCGAGGCGCGGCCGUGAGCGACGAGUCGACGCUGACUGGGGAGAGCAUGCCUGUGCAGCGCCUGGCGCCGACGGAGCCGCUGAAGACAGACGGAAAGGGCCAGCGCUUCCCAGCCAAGCACGUCCUCGUGGCCGGAACGGAGGUGCUCCAGGUGUCCGACGGCACCUGGGCCGUCGCGACGCACACUGGCGUCGGCACGCAGAAGGGGCAGCUCAUGCUCCUCAUCCUGUACCCCCCGAAGCUGCUGUUCAAGUACGACGAGCAGCUCGGGGUCGUCUUCCUGCUCCUGAUGACGUACGCCACGUUCGUCGCGUUCACCACGAUGAAGAUGAUGCGCGCGCGCGCCCGGGCGCAGAACCUGCCGCUCACCGCCACGUGGGCCUCCGCGAUCUUCUGCUGCUCUUGCGUGGUGCCCUCCAUGCUGCACAUCGUCCUGUCCGUGGGCCAGGUGGUGGCUGCGGAGCGGCUGCGGAAGCUCGGCGUCUUCUGCGCCGCGCCCAAGCGCAUCACGCUCGGCGGCAAAGUGCGCGUGGUGUGCUUCGACAAGACGGGCACGCUGACCACCCCCAGCCUGGAGUUCUUCGGGGUGCACUGCGUGCAGUCGCCGGGCGGCACUGCGGCGCGGCCCGCGGGGCCCUUCGGCGGGUGGCCCUCGCGCGCGGCCGCGGGCGGCGCCACAAGCCCGAGCCUCGAGCCCGAGCCGCGGCGCGGCGGGUGGGCGCCGGAGGUGGAGUGCGGCCUGGCCAGCGCGCACUCGCUGUCGCCCUACGGGGGCGAGGCCGGCGUCGUAGGCAACGCCGUGGAGGUGAACAUGUUCCGGGCCUGCGGCUGGUCGCUGCCCUCGCAGACCGAGGCCGUGUCCGGCGCGGGCGGCCCGAAGCAAAAGGUAAUCAUCUUGCGGCGCUUCGAUUUCUCCCACGUCACGAUGACGAUGAGCUCCGUCGUGGCGCACUCGCCCUCCGGGGAGCGCGGCGUCUACUGCAAGGGCAGUUUCGAGCAGGUGGCCGCGAGGUGCAUCCCGGGCAGCGUGCCCGCGGCGUUCGCGGCCACGGCGCAGCGCCACGCCUACGCCGGCAUGUACGUGCUGGCGCUGGCGGGGCGGCCCCUGAAGCCCGAGGAGGGCGGCAGGAUCGCAGGCCUGACCCGGGAGGACGCCGAGAAGGGCUUGGUGAUGCUCGGGCUGCUGCUCUUCAAGAACCCCCUGCGGAGUGACACCAGGGACGCGGUCGAGCGGCUCCGCGGCGGCGAGGUGCGGAGCGUGAUGAUCACCGGGGACGCGCCUGGCACCGCCAUCCGGAUAGCGAAGGAGGCCGCCUUGGUGCAGCCAGACAUGCCAGUGCUCUUGGGGGACGUGGAGGCCAGCGGCAGCGUCGUCUGGCGCAGCGAUCCGGAGGACCUGGGCACGCUCAGCGAGCUCCUCGUCGGCAACGGGUGGCUCGCCUGGCGAAGGGAGUACCAGCAGUGGCUCCAGGCGAGCCAAGGGGGCUCCAGGGCCCACGCCAGGUCAUGGGAGGGCGGCGCGUUCCCGGACAGGGAGGACUCGGGCCGCAUGGCGCGGGCCCUGUCCUGGGACCUGAGCAAGGCGCGGGAACACGGCGGCCACGCGGCAGCCGGCGCCCAGGAUGAGGAGGAGGACCUCGCAUUCUCCACGGAGGAGCUCGUGCUCUCGCGUCUGUUCGAGUGGUGCGAGCUGGCGGUCACGCAGCGCGCGCUCGAGUGGCUGGAGGGCCACGAGUGCUCGCUGGACCUGCGCCGCGUGCUCGUGGGCAGCCGGAGGAACAUGCUGAAGAAGGGCCAGGCGCUGUGCGGCGGUACAGGCCAGAGCUCGACGGCAUGGGAACUGAUGACGAGCAUCCGCAUCUUCGCGCGCAUGACGCCCGCCGGCAAGGUGGGCGUGGUGGAGGGCCUGAUGUCCCAGGGCCUCAUCUGCGCCAUGGUCGGCGACGGGGGCAACGACUCCGGCGCCCUCCGCGCCGCCCACGUCGGCAUGGCCCUGAGCAGCGCCACCGCGGCGACGGUGGUGGCCCCCUUCACCACCAACCGCGGCUCAGUGGCGCCCAUCGCCGACAUCUGUCGCGAGGGUCGCGGCGCGCUCGCGACCUCCUUCGCCGGCUACAAGUUCUGCGUGCACUACGGGCUGCUGAACUCGUCGUUCAAGUUCGUGACCUACUACUACGGAACCUCGCAGACGAUGGCCGCCAACUACUUCCAGGACAUCGGCGGCUUCCUCUCCCUCUCCUACGCCAUGACCCUCGCCAGGCCCGCGCUCACGCUCGUGGGGGACCGGCCCUCGUCCUCGCUGUUCUCGGUGUACAUGGUGGCUUCGGUCCUCGGCAUGUGGCUCAUCAACGUCUUCUGCCUAUGGUCCGUCUUCGCGGCCGUGACGUCGCACGAAGACUACGUGCGGUUCCCGGUGCAUCUGGUGCUGAUCACGCAGUGGUGGAAGCGGAGCCGCAAUUGGGAGAGCACUUGCGUAUUCUUCUGCUACUCGUACCAGUUUUUCUGGUCCGCGCUGGUCUUCUCCUUCGGCCACCUCUUCCGUCUGGCCUGGUACCAGAACGCGCUGCUCUUUGCGCUCGUGUCGGCCGCACUCGUCUUCCUGAGCACUAUGCUCCUCGGGCCCCCGAGCAGCCUCACUCGGCUGUUCCACAUCGCUCUCGAGCUGGAGGAGGAGCACGAGCCCUGGACUCCGUCGGACCCAUGUCUGCCGAUGCCCUACAACCUGCGGCUGCAGGUGUUCACAACGAUCGUGGCGUGCCUGUUCGCAAGUGGCUUCUGGGAGAAAGUGAUCGUCCAGGGUAGGAUCGGCAUGCUGGUGAGGGACAGGUGCCGGCGGAUGUCCAAGCACAUCACCGUGCGCGCCUGUGAGAGCACCGCCGGCCCGACCGCCUCCGCCGCGGCGCCGGCCGAGCACGAGCGCUGCGGGGGCGCCGGAGACGGCGGCGCCGCGGCGCCGAAGCGGCGCCGCCUUUGCAGGAAGUCGGCCGCCCCAGGCGGCCUGUACGGGCGAGCAGCCGCCGAGGAGCCGCGGCACCACGCCUCUUCGCCGUCCCUUCCAGCGUCGGCGGCUGCUGCGCCCCAUGGCCAGCGCAAGGCGACACAGCUGAGAGCGGAGCCGCCGAGGCCCCUCGGGCCGCUGCCGUGCGGGCCGCUCUCGGCGCCCAGCGCCCUGCCCUGGCUGGCCUGCCCGGCGGAGGCACUCGCGCCUGGCGCCCAGGGCCUGGCGCCGCCCGACUUCCGGCUGAGGGAGAAGCAUGCGGAGUUCGUGAUCGUGCAGAACGCGUUCGACGAGGAGCUUUUGCAGCGAACCAUGAACUUCUUGAAGAGGAAGCGCCCGCAGCCAGCGAAGAUGAAGAACGAAGGUGGUGGCGACUCGGACGACGAAAGGAAGGCUCGGUACGACGACCGGGACUCCAGGGUGUCCUGGUUCAACGCCAUGGCGGAGUGCCCCUUCCUCCAUCAGCGCCUCGCCGACCUGGUCCGGCACGUGGGCAACAAGCACUUCCCGUUGCUCAAGGCGGACCCUAGCGGACGCCUGAAGUGCGAGUACGAGGAGACCCAGUACGCGACCUACGGCCCGAACCAGCACUUCAAGGCCUGGCACCAGGAUGCUUACGCCGACGGCAACGACCCAGAGGACGCCAGGCAGAUCACCGUCGUCGCUAUGCUCACGGACAGGAGUUCUUACAGCGGAGGGCAGUUCGAAGUGAAAAUCAAGGGUGCCGACGGGCGCAAGAAGCAGCGGAGGAUAGCGUUGGAGGCUGGGGAAGCCAUCCUCUUUCCUGCGAAGAAGCUGGUGCACCGAGUGCUGGAGGUCAAGAGUGGCAUACGCAAGACGCUCGUCUUCUGGGCUUUUGAUCGCGCGUCGUGCAAGUAUCACACUGGCCAGGUUGAUAAGUAG